AUGAAUGAAAACACUCAGGACAAGGAGUUGCUAAGGCACAUUGAGAGGGAGGUGCGGAUGCGGGAGGGCGCCAGUAAGCUGCUGGCCGCCUGUUCCCGAAGAGAGCAGGCCCUGGAGGCCUCAAAGAGCCUGCUGGCCUGCAACGCCCGCAUCCUGGCCCUGCUCAGCCAACUGCAGAAGAGGAGGAAAGCUCAAAUCCUACGGGGAGUAGGACGCAGGUCAUCUGAAGACGCAGUGCCGUGUACCGGAAAAGUAGCCCUUUCAGACCUUCGGGUCCCGCUCAUGUGGAAAGACUCAGAGUACUUCAAAAACAAAGGAGAGCUGCAUCGCUGUGCCGUGUUCUGCCUGCUUCAGUGUGGCACAGAGAUCUAUGACACCGGCCUGGUGAUGGUGGACAGGACCUUAACUGACAUCUGUUUCGAAGACACGAUCGUAUUCACUGAGGUGGAUCCAGGCUUCCAUAUUCGCGUUGAGCUCUACAGCUGUUGUGUUGUGGAGGAUUUCUCCCCCGGGGCUCUAGGACCCAGGAGAGUGACCCGUCUGGGGGGCUCUCUGGGAUGCUCCUCUGGGAAGAAGAUCCGUGCUGCGUUAGAGUCUGCAGCUGUUUGUGGGUCUGCUUCCAGUGGAGGAGACGUACACCAAGGGUACUCGUCGCCGCCUUUAUCCACUCAUCUGUCUAAACUGGGCCCAAAGUACAACCUGCUGGCUCACACCACAUUGAGAAUCGAACAUGUGCAGGAGGGUUUCAAGACCCAUGAUUUGUCCUUAGCGGCAGCGGAGGACAGUCCAUACUGGUUACCUCUCUAUGGAAAUAUGUGCUGCCGCUUGGUUGCUCAGCCUCUGUGCAUGAUUCAACCAGUCAUACUUGGUCAACUCGAUGUUAAGCUUGGAGAGGACCUCGAUUGCUGGGAAAACCUCUAUGGGGUCCUCAGGGGACAAAGUCUCCUCUGCUAUCAGAGUGGAGAAGAGCCGGAGUCCGAGGAGAAGCCAUUACUCGUGAUCCCCAUCAGAAAGGAUACGCUUGUCUGUGCGUUGGAGAGAGAUGCUGUUCAUACCCAGAGAAUACACAUGACUACACAGUGUCAAGGAGAGGAUGCAUCCUACACACUGACAGUUCACAUACCUGAAGACACGCAGCGCUGGAGCGAGGCCCUGGCGCAACACAUCUACAACAUAAGCCAGUGGAGGCAGUGUUGUCAUCACCUCAUGAAGAUUGAAAUGCCGAGCCCAAGGAAGUCCAUCGCGGUGAGGCAGGGAUCGCUAUACCAUGAAAUAGUGACACCCUCGUCUCCCGGAGACGGUCUCGUGGCUCCGGAUUUAUCUUUAGAGAUCCGCACUUUGCUCUCUUCCUACUACAAGGAAAGUUAUUGAUGACCCUACCACAGUUGCACUGGGGGAGUGAGAACCCAUUCUAUGCAGUUACCAUGCCUGAUCAAGGAAACAAGCAUGGACCUGAUAAAUGGUGCCAUCUCUGAAUCUGCAGAGGACGCAGCCGAACUUUCUGUGACAUCAGAUAUGUUUCAUAUCUCUUCCUCUCAUCCAUGAAUCUUAACUAUUUACCCACGAUAAAAGUAGAAAAAGGAGUGACGAGCGUGAGCCUAUUAUCGGAACACAAAACUGAUUGUAUGUACAUAGAAAAAUCCAGAAAAAUCCAACUGUACCACUCUCUGCUUAUAUAGACAAUAUACUAAUAAUGAUUAUAUAUAUUGAUGCAAUACAUUUUCACCCAUACCACAUCCUCAUGGUUUAAGUGUAUGAUUACAAAAAUGAACCCACUGUCACUCUCAAAUUGAUUGAGAUAGAUAAAUCAUUUAUUUAUUUAAUUCAUAUUUAUUUAAAUGCGCAACAACAUUUGAAUCCAGGCAUGUAGUGUUUUCUCAUGGUGUAACAGCCAUUUUUCAACAUUAUGAUGUAAUAACACAUGUAUACAACAUUUUUUGUCAAGUUAAAUCUAUCUAUUACCUUACUUGACAGCCAGUCAUUAGUAAUUACAUGCUGAAAACAGAGAAGAAGUUUGCACCCCUCAGACUGUCCACCGGUGGAUUCGUGCCGACAUGAUGAUGGACGAUGACCUUCUAUUGACUGUAUAAAAAGAUGGUGGAGCCUGUAGCCAAACUUCCUGAAUGCCAUUCUACCUUUGAUACAGUGCAUGUAGCAUCCUUGUGUUCAGCUUUCACAAUCUGCCUCCUCCCAGCCGUGGUGUUUUGAUCAUACGGAAGGAAAACAAUUGUUUAUUGCUAACACACAAAUUAAUUAUGGUUUUUCAAAUUACAGUUCUCAGUUGCGUUGAUUUAACCUGUUAACUGUAAGUUAAGAUGAUCUCCUAACUAAUGAAUGAGUUUGUUUACUUAUGUCAAAUAAAUUAAGGCAUUUGAACCAUUUCAAAAUACAAUGUAGUUCUGUCAGACAACUCACGUUUGAUCAUGUAAUAUUUUUAUUACAACAGAUUUAGUGUUUGGCGUCUAGGCUCCAACUUAAUCACUCCCCCAUAUGAUUACACAGUAAUGAUGGGAGUGAUGAGCAAAUACUUGUAACCCCCGUUGGAGCCUACAGGUGGAUGCUGGGCCUACAGGUGGA